AUGCACGGCGGCCAUGUAGCGCUCCAGACACGUCACGACGUGAAACAGAACCUCUCCGUACCAUUUGAAGAAGAAAAGAUACUUCCCGAUCACAACGACGUUGAAACUCCCCGUGAAACGCCGCUGCAGGAGACGACGCAGCCGCCGACGCCGAUCGCCUCCAGAGCCACGGAGUGGUACGUGAAGCAGUCGCAGUGGCUCAUCGACGCCGAGGAGAAACAGGAGCGAUUCUGCCUCCAUUUCUGCAGAGCGAAGCGCAGGAUGAUGAUGCAGAGAGGAAGGAGAAGCGAAAUGUUCGCGAUGCAGAACGAGGUGAAGAUGACGGAGGUCCAACCCGACACGAAACACGCGGCUUCCCACGACGGAGACCCAACCGUGGAGGAAAAGUUUGGCGAAAUGACGACAAACUCCUCGUCCUCAAACGCCUCCCUUCUUCUUCCUGCCUCUUCCUCUCUGGUUUCCUGCUACGUGUCCAGACCCGUCUCCUUCAUCCUCCCUGCUUAUUGGAUCAUUGACUUCCUCUUCUUCCUCCCGUUCUGCCUCUUCAUCUUCCACGCUGGUUUCCAGCAGUGGCGCCAAACGAGGCGCGCCUUGAGUCACUCUGACUGCUUCACGUACCACCUGACCGCCGUGGAGACGAUUAACAUCAUCAAUUGUACUUUUUAUUGCAGCGCCAUCUACGGUGAAACCGUCUCUCUGAUAUUUAUUGGGGAUUUUUUGACGUCCUUGGUGUGGCAUGGACAGACGCUGUUCCAGCUGCUGACGUGUGCGGAGCAUUACCUGGCCGUCGUUCAUCCCACCUUCUACCUGAGUCUCAGGAACCAGAGAGGCGUGAGGCUCAGGAACGUGGCAGUUCUCUGCGUCUGGCUGCUUUCCUUCGUCUGCACGGCUCUGAUGGCCUUCAGAAAGUUCCUCGCCUUUUUCGAUGUAUGCCUCCUGGUUGCGAAUUUAGCAUUUGUGUCGUUCUGCAGCUUUUCUGUCAUGUCUAGUUUGUAUCAGCCUUCACCAGGCGGUAAGGAGGCCAGGAGGGUCGAUCGGGCCAAGCAGGGGGCUUUCAGAACCAUUUUAAUCAUCCUGCUGGUUCAGGUGUUGAGGUUCAUUGGAAGUGUGAUCUGGAGCAUCGUAGACGGUUUAAAUCUCAGCUCUAACUGCUUAUUGGUGGCUGUUGGGGUUCUGGUGAAUCUGCCCAGCAGCUUUGUGUUGCCCCUGCUGUUUCUGCAAAGAGAAGGAAAGUUGGUUUGUUGUAAGAAAAUCCAGCAACAUUGUGGUAAAAAUGUUUCCUAAUUUAAUUGCUUGGCACAAACAUGGAUAUUAAGUUUAUUUAUUCAACUUCCAAACAACCAACAGACACCAAGACAGGACAGAGCAAAUGGAAAAAGGUCUAUUUGAGGUUUAGCUGCUGCCUGGUGAAAACCAGGCCUGGUCAUAAAUAUUUAACGUUUUUUGGCUUUUAAAUCUUUAUUUUUAUCUCAUUUUUUUCUGAAGAUUUCAGAAUCACACUCAGCAAAACCACAAGGCAUUUAAAUUGAGAAUUGGACUUAAAAGUCUUGCGAAAGUAUGAAUGAAGUUAGAACUUAAACUAAAAUGCAUCUUGAUUUGUGUAUUAAUAUGCAAGGCCUUUUUUCACCAAUAUUUCAGAUUUUAUGAUCCACCUGUGGCUAAAACAUGCAAGUCUUUCUUUAACUGAACUAAAUAUGAACAUUGUAAAUAAGCAGAAUAUAUUUUACCGACAGAUAAAAUGUGUUUCUGUCUCAGGUUGGAUGUUUUAGGGAGAUUAUUAGGAUUAGAAAGUUUAAUUUGCAGAAAGUAAAAUAGUUUAAGCUUUUCUGACGUUUAAGAAAUAAAAGUUACAUUAAUAAUUUUCCCUGUUUCAUUCCUGAUCUUCCUACUUGCUACAAAUAGAGACGUAAACUCAAGUUAAAUAUUUGUCUACAUUGAUUUUUAAACAAGAUUUAUCUCUCUAUUAUCUAUAAUAUCCUCAAA